GGCCCUUUUAUUAGCGUCUUUCUACUUGUCUGUUUCUGCACUUGCAUAACUAAACUAUUAGGAAGUUGAAGAUAGCUAUAGGGGUAAUAGGGAGAUCUUCAAAUAAGUAUGAAAUUCUAAGCCUCGGUUUCCUCGCCCUAACAUCUUCACAGCAAAAUUCGAAUUUCUCAAUCCGUUACUAUUAAGACAGGACAAUCCCACGAAGCCACGUGAACAACGGAGAUCUGGUCAAAAGGUACUUCCCCUCCCUCCGAUAAUACUCUUGGGCAUCCGGUACUCUCGGGCAUCCCUAAUUACAGAACCGAUGCUUUAACAGAAGCUUAUAGAGACACAGACAGCAAUCCCGGACCAUGAACCGCUAUUUGUCGUCCGCCGUGGGCACCCAUAGUGGGCCGGCCGGCUCGCCGCGCUUCUACUGCUCCGAGUGCAGUCGCGGCUACAGCGCCAUCGGGAAGCUGAACCGCUAUUGCAAGAACCACUCGAGCAGCAACAAGCACGUGUGUCGCUUCUGCCAGACCGGCUUCAAGCGCAAAGACCUGUUGGACCGCCAUCUGCAGAUCCAUAAGCGGGGCUCGUCGCGUAGGGCCUCGAAGCCGUGCAGGGACAGCCGCCCCUGUGUGCGGUGCUCGCAGCGGAGGGUCAGGUGCGAUCGCAUGAUCCCUUGCAGCGGAUGCGCGCGCGGCAACCACAGCUGCCAGUAC